AUGUCAACUCUAUUCAAAGGAAGUGCUUGUUUCUGUCCCUCCUUGUAUUGGAUGAUCACAGGUGAGGUUGAAAUUGAGAAAGAGCCUUUCGCAGCUGUGCAAGAGGAUGAUCUUUCUCAUCUCUUGUUUUCAAACGAGAAAGCACUACCAUCGUCAUCCACUCGUUUGCAUCAUCAAAAGAGAAACGAUGGCAAGUCUCAUCAUGACAGUAGUGGUGACCACGAAAACGACAUUAGCCUUUCUUCAACAUCAGCCUUGUCAUUUGCUGAAUACUCUGAAGGGGCACAACCAAAACACAACCAGUUGCUCCGAAGAGAGCUUCUUGUGGAAAAUACCCAAGAGGAGCAGGCAGUGCUUAUUAUUUGUAAUUUGCAAGAUGAGACAAGUAUUGGGAAGGGAUGGUCAUCUCGAAAGAAAGAUCUUCACAAGAACAGCAGUUCCAAAGUGAUUCAUCGUUCGCAACUUGCUCCAGGCCAAGUAUUGUACAUUCCCAAAUCGAAGGUCUAUGUCAACGCUCCGCAAGAGCAAGCUCAAAGCAACCAAUCUUCGAUCAAAUACUUGGUCGUGGCAAGCCAUGUCAAGUUGGUUCCAAGGAAGAGUGCCAUUUUCAAUUUUUUCGAGAAUACUCUUGAAUUAAGGUUGGCUCAAUAUCACCAACAAAAGCAACUUUUAGAUCAUGCAGAGGAACAUGCUACAGUCACAGAGAGAUUUCAACACCCAACGUCUAUGACUUAUCAUCGUGAUGUACAACAGCAACAACAUGAUGACCAUACCCCUAACAAAACUUUGUCGAGCAAUUCCAUAGAAAAGAAAAGAAAAUUAGUGGACACCUCAGUACAGUGUGACAAUAUGUACGUACAACAACAUGAUACAAAGAGAGUGACACGAACGUCCCCCACGUUACAACUCCAUCGACAACAGCACUCUCGUUCACAAGCUGAAGAUCACAAAGAGACUUUACAACAUGACACUAUCCUUUCUCCUACAAGCCCUUACAAUGACAAUUUCGAAUUGGAAAGGAGGAGAAUUGAAGUUUUCAAGCAAAAGUUAAAGGAAAUUGUCAAAAAGCACAGCAGUAGCAAUAGUUGUUCCAUUGCACAAAUUCAACUUCCUGACCGAAGCAGCACAAAGAGAAAGAAAAAGACCACAACGACAACCUCUUCUUCCAAAGCAAGUGGAAAGUAUAUGGCAUCAGUUGAAAAGGACGCCAUUUCUGAAAUGUCUAUCGCUUCCUCUGUUGCUUCGUGCAUGUCAUUUUCUCCCAACAUGUUGGAAAAUAUUUCAGAUUUGAACAAGUCCUUCACCCUUUCGAACAAGAGUGUGCAAAGAGAAAAGGUGUCAGCCAAUUUGGAUGAGGCCUUCAUUGUCAGCGACUCUCAAACUGGUGCGUACAUGGAAGAGGCGCAAAUUUCAGGUGAUGGAACUCCAAGCUUGUGUUGUGGAGAUGACAAUAGCCAAACAAACAUGCCUCAACCAGCAACAACAUCCUCAAAAGUGUGCACUGAGGAAAGUAAGGGAAUUUCACGCCUUAGUAGGUCACCAGCUCUGUUAACACCAUCUCCUCUUAUCGAAGUUGUUCGUUACAACCCAGUAGUAGCGACAAAAGAAGAUCUCAACAUGUCAUCACAGAUUCAUGAAACUUCCCUCACACACAUUUCUGAUAGUGUCAAUACUACAAUUAUUUUCAUGGACGAUUCUCCCGUUGAGUCCAAGGGAGCUCAAAUAUCAGAGGUCGUGGCUCGUUCUCCCAAAUCGGAUAAAUGUCUCCCUGGUAUCAUUGAACAAGAAACAGUAGACAGCCAAAAGCUCAUGGAACAUCGAUCCGUCAUGAUUCGAACAUCAACAGGUGAUACUUCCACAUGUGAGCCAAUGAUAAACGUGUCUUCAUCGGCCUCCUUAAUCGAAGCACCAUCUCCAAUUCCAUCCUUACUCAAAGUUAAUUCCCAGCCGUCACAAGAUGAUAGUGGACUAUUGAAUGCAGCACAAUUGUUAUCGAGUAUGAAAAGUCCAGCCCUAGCAAAGUAA